AUGAGGACCUCAAAAUUCUAUGUUUUCCUCCUGAUUUCUGCAAUCCUGUCUGUCCACGUGUUUCCAUCAUCAUCUUCGUCGUCAUCGACAGCCCUUGAUUUUCUCCCCUUGGAGUCUUCGUCGCCAUCUGAGUGCCAGGGAUCCAUUGCUGAGUGCUUGAUGGAUGAGGAGUUCGAGAUGGACACAGAGAGCAACAGGCGCAUUCUAGCAACUAGAAGGUACGUAAGUUAUGGUGCGCUGAGGAGGAACAAUGUACCUUGUUCGAGGCGUGGCGCCUCGUAUUAUAAUUGUCGAGCCGGAGCUCAGGCUAAUCCUUACUCGCGCGGGUGUAGUCGCAUUACUCGCUGCAGGGGUUAA